CGUUCUCGAGUUAUGCUAGUCUUCUACGUACAUAUAUAUACAAACGCUACCCAAAACAUAAUCUUUUUGGCGGAGGUAAAAAUAACAAUCCGGAAGGAUCACCCCGGUCAUUCACCGUGAGUGACUUAUAAUUUAAAUAAAAGGACUGCCACCGAGUACAAUAUCAUUUCUAUUACCUUGACGUGAAGUAGGUGGGCGUCAAUGGCCAUGCAUGGGCUUGUUUCCCUAGCUAGUACGUAAAAAUAGAUAGAUUUGUUUUUACACAUUGCUUGCUGGAGCCUUGGCUAUGCGACCCAGGGUUCAAAGUCACACCUGGAUAAACAAGUUUCGGGAAGUAUGACCUUUGCAUACGUCACGCGUGUGUGUGUAGGUGUAACCUACAAGCUGGGUGAGUUUAUAUUCUAUAAUUAGCACAUUUCUUGUCAAGUAUUCAAAGCCCGCGGCUUUAAAAUAGGUCAGUCAUACUAUAACAAUCUUUUGAGAGCGGCAUUGGGCGCUUUUCAUGCAAUAUGGGCAUUUUUUUCUGACGGCAUAUUGGCUCUAAAUGCAGUUGGUUUCUUAUGACCGUCUCCCAAGGAACGUCUUGUGUCAUUUUGAACUCUUAACUACUCAACGACAACUCUCAAACCUUCCUGUGACUCAUUUCAGACCCCUUGACGAAUCUCUCCUAACUUAUUCUCAACCAAAUAUACUUCCAGACCAUGUGCCAACCACCUCGAUCACGACCUUCACAAUAAUCUGCACGCAACAAUAAACAGAGGAGAACCAUAAAACGUGUACGCGAUCUUGAACAUCGAAUACUAGUAUGUGCUAAACAUUUUCAGGAGUGGAGCUAACUUUGACCCCUAGUUGCUAUCACGGUCAUUAUCAUAUCGUGUGGAUCGCCACUUUUGAAAAUCGCUGAUUAUGUCCAUUUGAAUACAGUACGUAUAUGACUUCGUAACGUUAGUAAUCAAGCUCAUUCGGGGAUUGUUUGGGAAUAAAUCAUGUUCUAGCUAUUUUGAAAUGGUUGUGACAUGGCCGUUAUAAAUGGCUAGGCGUGGCCUAUAGCUAAAUUGGUCAGACUUGUCCAACCCGGCUGGGUACGUAGUUUUCGGGACAAGUUUAUGAUAUGAUCCUAAAUUUGUGACAGAAGCUAACCAGUUUCCAAAAAUAUGCUCUCAUCUACAUCUAUACAUAGCAUAUUUUCUGGUGAUUAUUUUCAUGCUCGAACAUCUUUUAGUCAGACUACAACCGUUUCGGCGAUGAGAAUAAUGUUUAUCUUUUCGGUGUUACUGUAUUCAGCAUGGCGUCAUCUCAACAACACUCCCUGUCCAAAGUACCUCCCUACGCGGAGUACCAGGGAAUAAGGUUCCCAACAGCGAUAGUUCAAGAGGAAAGCCUGGAUGCCAUGAAGACGUUUGAGAUACGUGACGAUGAUGUGGUGAUAGUGAGCUAUCCCAAAAGCGGUAUAAACUGGAUGUUUGAAGUUGUGCGUAAGAUUCUUGGUGGAAAGAUUGAGGAAAACUCAUUGCCAAUAGGACCUGAGUUUUGGCCUCCGGAAAAGCAACAACCCAGCUACAUCCAGCUGCUAGAGACUCCAUCUCCUCGGCUAAUGAUAACCCAUCUCCAACAUCAAAUGGCACCUCCAGGAUUGACAGCCCCAGUUAACAAGGUAAAAGCCAUUGUCAUCCUGCGUAACCCCAAGGAUGUCUGUGUGUCAUCCUACUACUUCCACCAAAAAAGUCCCAUUCAUAAGACUCCAGAAUCUUGGGCUGUGCGCAAUAAGGACUUCUUGGCAGGAAAAAUGCCCUUUGGUGACUACUUUGAUCACGUGCUGGGCUGGUGGCAAAUGAAGGAUGAUCCCCACUUUCUCUUUGUCAAGUACGAAGAUAUGAAAAAGAAUUUUCACUCGUCAGUGAAGACCAUAGCAGCCUUCCUGGAGAAAGAACUGACCGAUGAACAUCUGGCCCUUAUCCUGAACAGCUGCAGCUUGGAGUCAAUGAGGAAGACGUUGGCAGAGUCAGGUACAUGGAGAAAGGACGUAGUAAGGAAAGGUAUGGUCGGGGAUUGGAAGAACCACUUCUCGGCCGAGGAGAGCGCCAGGUUUGACCAGAAGUACCGUGAACGGAUGGCGGGAACAGGGCUGGAGUUUGACUUUGAGUAGCGGGCCAAAUAGCCUGUAACUUUACUUAGAAAUAGGGUAACUAAUUUCAAAAAAGCAAAGCAUUGCUCAAGUAUUCACCUGUAUUUUGUUGCAUUUUAUAGUGGUGAAAGGUUGGAGCGAUUAGAUCUGAAAAUAUGUCGUUAAUCACCAAUGUCUGAAAAAUUACACAGU